ACAUAUGUAAGACAGCAAAGGAACUCUAUCUUAGCUAGUCAUUUCUCCAGAGGCAAUUUGUACUGGCGGCUGUUUGACAUGUAAGUGUCAUGCUGUCAUCACCAGACUAGGACGAACGCACUGACAGUAUCCUUUCUUCUUUUUUCUAUAUUUUAUGUAAAAAUAGCUAUGUGAUUUGGUUUUUAACUGCAUUCUUGUUUUACUUUUUCAGCCUUGUAACGUCAGACACAAUGGCAGAUGAAAGCUUUCAACAGGAGUUCCUGGAAGCUCACAAUGCCUACAGAGCACGGCACAACACACCACCUAUGACUCUUAACAGUGAGCUGAAUGCGGCGGCUCAGAGAUGGGCGGAUCGCUUGUUGGCUUUGGGUGUUGCACAGCACAGUGGCAGCAAUGAUGGAGAGAAUAUUUUUUACAAGUGGAGUUCGGCACCCUUUAAACUAACAGGCAAAGAAGCAGUAGAUUCAUGGUAUGGUGAAGUUAAGAAAUACAGCUGGAGCAACCCAGGAUUUAGUGGCAACACAGGUCAUUUUACUCAGAUUGUGUGGAAAGCAAGCACACAACUGGGAGUCGGGAUGGCCACAGAUGGCAACAAGGUUUUUGUUGUUGGGCAGUAUCGACCAGCUGGCAACAUCAGCAUGAGCCAGUACUUCAGAGAAAAUGUCCUCCCACCAGCAGGUGAGGAGGAACGGGAUUUACAUUUUACAGAAGGUGGAAGACCCAGUGGGGCAGGAGAGAGACCAAAGAAUACCUGUACACCAUUUUAGAUAACCUGGAGCAGCUUGAACUUUGAACUGUAGCUUUACAUGAAGUUGGGUCGAUCAGUGUUCCAAUGCUUGUAUAACUCCGUAUAGACAGGAUAUAUAUAAUUUGUAUUAAAAAUAUGAUUAGCACGUCCGCUCAGAGGGUGUGGGUUUGAUUCCAGCUCCGGCCCUCCCUGUGGGGAGUCCGC